AUGUCAUACAACCUCUCUCUGAAGCCUACACGAUCAGAUUUGUCCACACAGUCUGCGGGCCCUUUGCGCCAUGAUUCCACUGCCUCAACGAACUCGUCCGCUUAUUCGAUAUACUCGAACUCGUUUACCCCAAGCCGAACGAGUACGCUCACGUCCCAUAUAUCUAGCACAUAUCGACCUGGAACACCAGAGCAUAAGGUAGAUCGCGGCUCACGCGUUCUCAAUGGCCGCAGGGAGUUUGAUGGCAAGUCUAGCCCCGGAGAAGCCUACGAAAAUAUUCGUAGGUCUUUGCGGCCUCUCAAGCAGGCGCCCAAUGGCACUCCCCCGAAAAUCAAAGGCUCGUGCCAUACUCGAAGUCAAACGGUGAUCGACCUUAUUCCCCAGCACGAUAUCGUCCGUAAGGAACCUGGGUACGAUGCGUAUCGAAGCGAGGAAAAUAAGCCCCCUCAGGACGAGAACCAUAGACGGGUUUCAUACCACGCGCGCACACGUUCAACUCCGAACCAUUCAUCCUUUACCGCUGCACUUACAGCCCCUGAACUCCAAUCGCUGGGUAGAUCCUCCACAAGGCAUCUUCGAACACUGUCCAAAUUUGCCCAGUCCGAAGACGAUGAAUUCUCAAUCACAAGUCCCGUUCCCUCUGUUGUUGGACUGCAAGGCCGGCGCCAAUUAAAAAGAACUGAUUCAGUCUGUGGAUCCAGGACAGCAGCUGUUGCAAAAACAUCAGGUGCCGCUCUAUGGUCGCAAAGAGAUUGGAUGGACAAACAGCGACAAUUUCUGCAGGCAUACGAGUACCUCUGUCAUAUCGGUGAAGCCAAGGAGUGGAUUGAGGACGUUAUCGAAAAGCCAAUUGCCCCAAUCGUUCAAUUGGAAGAAGCGCUCCGCGAUGGAGUUACACUAGCAGAAGUGGUCCAGGCCUUAUAUCCUCACCGCAUAUUCCGGAUUUUCCGACAUCCUAAGUUACAGUUCCGCCAUUCCGAUAACAUUGCCCUUUUCUUUCAGUUCUUAGAUGAGGUUGAGCUCCCUGAGGUGUUCCGCUUUGAGUUGAUCGACUUGUACGAGAAAAAGAACAUUCCCAAAGUUAUCCAUUGCAUCCACGCUCUGUCUUGGCUUCUAUUUAAGCAGGGCGUUAUCGAUUUUAGAAUCGGAAACUUAGUCGGCCAGCUUGAGUUCGAACACCAUGAACUUGAACAAACCCAACGGGGCCUCGAUAAAGCCGGUGUUCCUAUGCCCAGUUUCUCCGGAAUGGGUGCAAGCUUUGGUGCUGAGCCUGAACCUGAACCCGAGCCAGAACCCGUCGAAACCGAAAAAGAAAGGAUCGACCGUGAGCUACGCGAGAACGAAGGAUCGAUAUCCGAUUUCCAGGCGCAAAUGAAGGGUGCUCUGCUAAGGCUGAAACUUGGAAAUCUGAUGCAACAUCUCUGGGACAACGAGGAAAUGCUCAUCGACCUCCAGUCAAGAAUCCGUGGGGAUUGGACAAGGCAAAUCAUGGACUAUAGGCUAAGCAUGCGGCAAUUUGCUGUAGACCUGCAAGCUAUUACACGUGGUUUCUUGAUUCGAAGGACCUGGCAGGACCGCCAGAUUGGUUGUGCAACCGCUGAGCCCGAGAUAUUGAAACUGCAAAGUUUGAUUCGUGCAAAACGUGCCAGAUCCGAGGUUCAGAUCCUCAGGGUGAGAGCAAAAAAAGAAGAACCGGGUAUCAAAUUGUUCCAAGCAGCUAUAAGGGGCGCUUUAGCGCGAAAAGUAGCAUAUGACCAAUACGAGGAAACUAGGGAAGCCGAGUCUGAAGUGCUAUUCCUUCAGGCCGCCUUUAGAGGAAUGAUGACGCGACGUGCUAUAUUACAAGACACCACGGACCUCAAAAUGCAGGCUGUCCAGAGCACUGAGCUCCUUCAAGCUGCAGUCCGGGGAAUGAUGCAGCGACGAGCCCUUCAGCAGGGUAUUUCGGAUCUUGAAAUGGAGGCUGGCCUAUAUAUCCAGGGCCUCCAAGCAUCAAUAAGGGGGAUGCUAAAACGACGAGCGCUUCAGCAGGAUGCGUUGGAUCUUAAAAAUGAUGCUGAGCAGAGCGUCCAGUUCCUUCAAGCAACAAUUCGGGGAAUGCUAGCGCGUUAUGCUCUUUCACAGGAUGGUUCGAGACUCCAAAGGGAAACUGGGGCGAUUAUCACGGUGCAAGCGGCCGCGAGGGGAUUCACCGCACGCAGAAGGAAAUUGGACCUGGAAAGAGCAUUGGAGAAUAUGGCAGACACAUGGAUUGCACUUCAAUCGGCUGCCCGUGGGUCUGCGCUGCGAAAAGAUUUGGAAGAACUCCGGGCGAAACUUCGGGACCAGACUCCAUCAAUUAUAGAGAUACAAGCUGCAGUCAGGGGUUCUGCCCUCCGAAAAAUAUUUUCCACAACAAUUUCCGAACUCAGAGAGUGUGAGGAGACCGUUACUUCAUUUCAGGCACUCGGCAGGGCCUUCCUUCUGCGCAGUCGGCUCGAUCAAGUUUGUAGGGAUCUUUUUGCAGAGACCUCUGUGAUUACGCAUCUUCAAGCGCUUUCAAGGGCCGCCAUUGUUCGUAUAGAUAUUGGUAAUCUCCUUAUUGAACUCGACGAGAACACCGACGAAAUCGUCCAGCUACAGGCCCUCUCCAGAGCCAUGCUGCUGCGGCUCGAUGUUGGCAAUGCACUAGCUGAUCUUGAGGCGGAAGAAGAGGUUAUUACCGACUUUCAGUCAUUUAUUAGAGGCUUUUUGGUGAGGAGGCGCUUCGCGGAGAAGCAAAGAUUUUAUCGUGAAAACAUGGAUAAGGUCAUCAAAGUUCAGAGCUUUGUCAGGGGAAAGAUCCAAGGAGAAGCAUAUAAAAGUUUAACGAGUGGGAAAAACCCUCCCGUUGGAACGAUCAAGGGAUUCGUCCAUCUUCUCAAUGACAGUGAUUUUGAUUUUGAUGAGGAAAUCGAAUUUGAGCGCCUUAGGAAGACGGUUGUGCAACAGGUUCGGCAAAAUGAGAUGGCAGAUCAGUAUAUUACUCAGCUGGACAUCAAAAUCGCCCUCCUGGUCAAGAACAAGAUUACACUGGAUGAGGUGGUAAGACAUCAGAAGCACUUUGGCGGGCACGUCGGCGCCGUUUUACCCAAUGCCGAUUUAUCAUCGAAAGAUCCCUUUGACCUUAAGGCGCUCAACAAGACGUCGAGAAAGAAACUCGAAUACUAUCAAGAGCUUUUCUUCAUUCUCCAGACCCAACCUCAAUAUUUGGCAAAACUAUUCCGAAGACUGAGAGAGCUCGCGACUCCUGAAAGAGAAAACGAGCGAAUCAAGCAUCUUAUCAUGGGGUUAUUUGGUUAUGCUCAGAAGAGACGUGAGGAGUACUACCUUUUGAAGCUGCUUGUGAUAUGCAUCAAAGAAGAAACCGAUAUAUGCACUUCUGUUCAAGAUUACCUCAGGUGCAGUUCUUUCUGGGCCAAACUUUUUGGCGCAUAUACCAAGUCGCCGCGAGACCGAAAAUAUAUGAAGGAUCUGUUAGGCCAAGUCGUCAAAGAAAACAUUAUCGAUAACCCUGAGUUGGACUUGGAAAGCGAUCCGAUCCAGAUCUACCGGUCUGCCAUCAAUAACGAAGAGCUUCGCACAGGACGCCGCAGCAGACGCCCACCGGACGUCCCUAGGGAGCAGGCAAUCAAGGAUCCCGAAACGAGAGCCACGUUUAUCAGAAAUCUGCAGGACCUUCGAGAUAUCGCUGAUCAGGUCUUUACUUCUCUGGAGGAGUUGCUCCAUCGGAUGCCGUUUGGUGUUCGAUUUGUUGCCAAAAAGAUGUAUGAAUGUCUCCUUGCAAAGUUCGAGGGUGAGGAUCAAGGCUACCUUUUGCAGAUUACGGGUCAAUGGGUUUGGAAAAAUUAUCUCCAACCUGCAAUGAUGGAGCCUGAAAAGUCUGGCAUUGUCAACCAUGCUCUUACCCAAGAGCAAAAGCGCAGUUUGGGCGAAAUCAGCAGGGUUAUGGCCCAGGUUGCGUCUGGUCGAUUGUUUGGUAAUGAUAACGUAUACCUUCAACCGUUGAACGCGUACAUUGGCGAAUCGAUCCAGCGACUUGGGUCCGUUUGGGGCAAUCUUAUCACCGUGCAAGAUGCCGAGGCGCAUUUUGAAAUUGACGAGUAUAAUGAUCUAUAUGCAAAGACAAAGCCUACUCUGUACAUCAAGAUGUCCGAUAUUUUUUCGAUUCAUCAACUUGUCGCCGCGGAGAUAUCAUAUAUCUGUGGUCAAGAUGACACCCUGCGAGAAAUUAUUCGCGACCUUGGUAGUGUGAAAAGCAAUGAAAGCGAGCUCAUGAGCGUCAGCUCAUCAGAGAUAAGCCUUACACUGACGCCCAAACUCCACAAUGUCGAAGACCCUGAUGCAGAAGUCAAAGCGCUCCUUAUGGAGACGAAACGAUGCAUUCUGUAUAUCAUUCGAGUGCAAUCUGGGGCGAACUUGAUGGAGAUUCUGGUGAAACCCCCAACCCUAGAGGAUGAAGAACGAUGGGAGACUCUCGUCCAGGAGGAAUUCUCCCACAACAGCCAGAAACGGGCAGCAUACUCUGAUGCCAACACGCUUGUGGAUAUUGGUUCCAUGAGCUACCCUGAACUGAAGAGAACAGCCCUAGAAAAUAUCGUUAGACUCGAGCAAGCGGGAAGAAUCACACGACAUAAUCACUAUCAAGAUCUCCUAAACGAAAUUGCUCUCGACAUUAGGACAAAGCAUCGCCGGAGAAUUCAGCGGCAGCGUGAGCUUGAAGGCGUUCGGCUGACGCUCGAAAGGUUAAACGACCAAGCCGUGUACCUUGAGCAGCAGCUAAAAACGUACAACGACUAUAUUGAACAAGCAAUGAUUACUCUCCAAAACAAGAAGGGCAAGAAGCGGUUUCUGAUGCCCUUCACAAAGCAGUGGGACCAUGAGCGCGAACUACAGCGGUCCGGGAGAGUAUUGAAGUUCGGGUCGUACAAAUAUUCAGCCCGCAAUCUGGCAGAUAGGGGGGUGCUUGUUCACUGGAAAGGGUACACGGAGCGCCAAUGGGAUCGGGUGGACCUUACAAUUUCAAGUAACGAAGUUGGUGUCUUCAUGAUUGACGGCAGCAGCGGGAAUAUGAUGAUUCCCGGUGCAAACGCCCAGGUUCCUCUUGACGAUUUGCUUCAGGCACAAUUCAACAACACGCAGUUUAUGGACUUUUUCGAAGGGCAGCUGCGGGUGAACGUUAACUUAUUUUUGCAUUUGAUCAUGAAGAAGUUCUAUAACGAAUGAAGCGACGGAUCAUUUAUGGGAUAUGACUAGUAGUACGGUGGGGCUCGGGUUGACUCUGGGAGUAUGUACCAAGAUACCCAUUACCGGUAUAUGGCUAUUUUCUUUUUAUCCUUUGCCCUUUUUCCUGUUUAUCAAUUAUUGCUCUAAGCAUCCUUUAGCUUCUAUCAAAAUUCUUGUUCGGAGAGGGUGGGGGGUUUUGGUUACAGUCUGCAUUAGCUUCCAUCCGGUGUAGCGAGGAGGCGGGACAGGGGCGAUCCAACCAAUACAUUCUUUUCAGUGUAUUCCAAUGCUGGCCUUUUCCAAUUGUGGUUUCAUUGCUUCUUUUAUGGUUAUGAUUUUUGCCUUUUUACUAUGUUGGUCCAUCCCCUGGACCUGUGUGGAUAUGCUGGCGGGCUCUUCGGGAUACAUAGCCGAAUCCCAAAGAC